AUGUAAAUGCAACAACGAGCUGCAGUUCCUCAUGUGCAGCUCCUCCUGAUCUUGUGAAUCUCGACAACACUCCUUACAAGAUAAUCCGUAAAGUUCAUUCUCUCGGUGACGACCUACAGACUUGCCCAAAGUCCAGGAGACAUACAAAUCUGACAGCUGAGCUCCGUUCGUAUCGUUCCCUGCACCGAUAGAUGGCUGAGGCUGCAAGUCGGGGUGUUGGCUCACACAGGCGAGCGGUUCUUCCGGAUAUCCUUUACAGAUGCAAUGAUGGCUAUUUUUCACCAGAGGAAAGGACAAUGGAAAGAAUGCGAUCCAUGAAAAGGACAUCGACAAAGUGGAACGUGGAGGAGUUUUCGAUGGUGUGCUCACCUCGAGAACCAGAGACAGGAAUUCGAAUGUAUUCACCUGAAUUUUAUGCAGCGAGCGCCGUGGGAGGGCUUCUGGCCUGCGGGCUCACACACGCAGCCAUGACUCCUGUGGAUGUCAUAAAAUGCAACAUGCAAAUCAGUCCGUCCAAGUACACGAGCAUAAGCCGAAGCUUCGGGCUUGUUCUUAGAGAAGAAGGUGCCAGGGGCAUACUGCGGGGCUGGGCACCAACGUUGAUCGGCUACAGCCUUCAGGGUGCCAACAAGUAUGGCUUCUACGAGUUUUUCAAGAAAUACUACUCAGAUUUGGCAGGGCCUGAACGAGCUGCGAAGAACAAGACGCUGAUUUAUCUCGCAGGCGCAGCAUCGGCAGAAGUCAUAGCGGACGUGGCUCUGUGUCCAUUCGAGGCCGUGAAGGUGAGGAUACAGACUCAACAGGGAUUCGCGAGGGGGCUCACAGAUGGUGCGCCUAAGAUAUGGGCGCAAGAGGGCAUUUCCGGGUUCUACAAAGGGAUCGGUCCCCUCUGGGGCAGACAAGUUCCAUACGCGAUGAUGAAGUUUGCCACCUUCGAGAGCACGGUCGAUGCCCUGUAUAAAUAUGUGGUGCCGAAACCCAAAGCAGAGUGCUCGAAGCUCGAGCAGCUGGGAGUGAGUUUUGUGUCGGGGUAUGUGGGAGGUGUAGCGUGUUGCAUUGUUUCUCAUCCUGCUGACAAUCUCGUCUCGUUCCUCAACUCCUCGAAAGGAGCGACGGUGGCCGAGGCUGUGAAGCAGAUGGGCUGGGUUUCUCUUCUGACCCGCGGCCUCCCUCUGAGGAUCGUCAUGAUCGGCACUCUGUCCGGUGUGCAGUGGGGUAUUUAUGAUGCCUUCAAGCUCUCCCUCGGUCUGACUACAACCUCUGGCAUCUCCACGAACGCUCAAAUUCAGUGAUCGUAUAGCUUCUGUAAACAGGUCUGCCGAUUCUUUGUAUUAUGUUUAUAGGCUGAGUGUAUUUGGAUGGUAAAAUAGUGCGUUAUGACAAAACUGUGCGUCCCUUGGACCAUGGAGUUCGGAUUGAGGCCCGCCCCACAAGCCUCAAGGUGCGGAGCAGCCAAGCCUACGUAUUGCCUUCGCCCUGCCUGUUCGGAAAACUACAGGUUUUGGAUACUGAGCAGGAUGAUCUUUCACGUGCACCAGCAUUCAAUCUUGCCUUUAGUGGCUGCAGGAGAUAGAAGGUCGAUUAAAAUUAGCCAAAUAUCUGACAAGCUUGUUCCUACACGAAUCCCUCAAAGUUUUGAUAGAGAGUGCCUUUAGAACGAAGAAGAAAUGGAACGAGGCGGAUCUACUCCAAUCAAUGAUCUGAUCCAAGACUUGCUAAUCCCGUGUGGACGAGACUCUGCACCGCAAGGUGUUGGGUCGUAUGUAAUGUUCAGAAUUUUGAUCAUUCAGAUGAUGGUUGACGAUUCAUUUGCUGGAAGUCAGAAUAACCACAUCAGCUUCCCUUUUCAUUCUAUACAUACAGAGCACGCUAAUUUGUGCAUUUCUGUUGAGUUUGAAAGAUUCUCAUAAGAUACUGUGUCUC